CAGGUCUUAAAUGUACUUACACACAUUCGGACCAGAGCGUUAAGAUUAUUUUUAACUAACAAUGAGAGUAAAAUAAUUAUAUUUGUAUUAUUGUGAACAAGGUCUUAUAUGUAUACGAGACUCACGUCGCACACUCACGCACGCCGGACAGGCAGCGGCGCGCCACCAACAUCCGCGCCGUGCCGAGGCGAGAGAGCAGCCACAGUCAGUUCGGCGCCGACUACCGCCACGCGCACACGUAUUUUCCUCAGAAUGGCCGCCGCCCACACGCACCCGGCCCCCGCGCCCUCAGACCGUCGCUCAGAGGGCCGUGCCGGUUCCCGCCGUAUCUUCCCACCACAAUUUAAGCUGCAAGUUCUCGAAGCAUACAGGCGCGACGCCCAAUGUCGCGGAAAUCAGCGUGCCACAGCCAGAAAGUUUGGUAUUCAUCGUCGUCAGAUCCAAAAGUGGUUACAAGCAGAACCUGCCCUGCGAGCAGCACUCCUUAGACGGGCACCACAGCCGGCGCCGUCACCCCCACCGUACGCAGCAGGAUCUCCGGAAAGCGCGCGAUUACCUACGCCGCCGCCACCAGUGACGAUACCCACACCUGUUCAAGUGCCCACGCCGCUCCCAGUACCAGUGCCGGUUCCUGUGCCAAUGCAAAUCGCGGAGCCUAUUGACCUAUCAGUACGUCGACCUACGCCGCCACCCGCGCCUCAGCCAGCGUACGUGCCUCCCACGGCGCCGUGUCCACCGCGCAAGCCUUUCAAACUGUUCCGACCAUACCUCCUCGAGGACGAGGACGAGAAGCGGCCAGCAGUGGCGUCCCUGCCGGUGGCGAGCGGCACUCACGUGUCCGCCUUCGUCCCGGUGCAGAGCGCGGCGGGCUGCGCGCUGGCCGCGUGCUCGGCGCCGCGCUGGUGCUCCCCGAUGCCCUCGUUCCCGGCGCCGCUCAGAUGAGAGCACGCCGCCGGGGCCCUGCCUCGCAACUCCUGUGAUCUAGUCGCCGACGCCUGCCUGGCGCCGCCUGGGGCGUAGCCCUCAAUCAUCGUGCCUUAAUGUUCACGCCGCCAUAGUGCAUUAUGCCGUCAUCACCCGAUGACAGAUAUUUUGUGUAUAAGAAUUUAAGAAUGUAUUUUUAUAGUGGGGUUUAUGAAGCUUACCUACA